UGUCAUCAAACAAUUUAGCGUCCCUUCGCUUCGUGCAUGUGUUUUCUUGCCUCUAGAGUUGAAGCAUCGCCAGAGGCUUGGCUUGACCUAAAAGCAGAAAGCCUUGGUUGAAUAAUGAGGGUUUUUUUUCAAGCCGUAUGAAUAACUGGGUAUGGUUAUUCCUAAUUUACAAUUUAUAAUAUCUUGGCCCCUUUAGAAGUUGAUGAUGGCGGCUGCUGAACAAGUAGGUUUGAACAAAACGUGGGAAUUGUCGCUUUACGAGCUCCACAGAACACCACAAGAUGCAAUUACCGAUAAUACCGAAAUAGCCGUUAGCCCGAGGAGUCUACACAGCGAACUAAUGUGCCCUAUUUGUCUCGAUAUGCUAAAGAAGACUAUGACCACAAAAGAAUGUCUUCAUCGCUUUUGCUCAGACUGCAUUAUCACAGCACUCCGCAGUGGAAACAAGGAAUGUCCAACGUGUCGCAAGAAAUUAGUUUCAAAAAGGUCUCUGCGACCUGAUCCAAAUUUUGAUCUUCUAAUCUCAAAAAUCUAUCCUAGCCGAGAUGAGUACGAAGCUCAUCAAGAACGUGUACUUGCCAAACUAAAUAAAUCUCAUUCUCAAGCUGCUCUGGUCAACUCCAUCACAGAAGGCAUAAAACUUCAGAGUCAAAAUAGACCACAGAGAUCACGGAAAAAUGCCAAUGAAUCGGAGAAUGCAAACGGCGCAUCCUCGUACAGCGCAGGAAAUACAAGUGGGCGUACAACGCCAAAUCCUUCUGCAAAUUUAGCAAAUCAAAGUGACUCUUCUCAAGGAGCUACUGGAACAACAAAUAUCACGUUACUCACAAACGUUAUUAACAAUAAUCAAAAUCAACAAAAUUCUAACAGCGUUUCUCAGCCGGCCAGCAGUCCUGCAGUCUCUGGAACAACAUCUCGAAAUUCUACAACGCCAUCCCCAAAUCCGAUCAAUCAGAUUCCGAAGCCUCCAAAGCGUCAAAAAAGUUUGCAGAACUCUGAAAAUGAUUCUGCUGGAUCUAGUGUAGAGGCUGAGACAGGAGGAGGAGAUUCUAUGGUCGAUACAGAGGGUGAGGGUCCUGGAGAACCCCUUAUGCUGAAUGAAAUUGAACUGGUAUUCAAGCCUCAUCCAACUGAAAUGGCAGAGGAUAAUUCGUUGAUAAAAGCGUUGAAAGAAAACAGUAUUCGAUACAUAAAAACAACCGCUAAUGCUACAGUUGAUCACCUGAGCAAAUAUCUUGCGACACGUUUAACGCUUGAUUUAGACACGGAAUUAUCCGAAUCUCACAGGCAUUUGAACUUCUGUAUCUACAUAGCCCCAUCCCCAGGUCAGCUAGUGGUUCUCAGUGGAUCACAAACAUUACGACAGGUGAACGACAAAUUUUGGAGGGUGAACCGACCUCUGGAAAUGUAUUACUCCUGGAAAAGAACCUAGGUGACGACUUUUUACUACAAUUAGAAUGGCAAAUCAAGAAUAGACAAGGGUUUUGGGAAACGAUAUUGAAAGGAAACCUUUACUUCAUCAUCAGUGAAGCUAACGAUACCGGCACAUUCUUCAAUUGAGCAUUCGAUGCUGGAUUCAAAAAAAAGUACCCAUGUUUUUAUACAAUUCUGGCAUUGCCUAUAUGAAGACCAACUUACAUUGAUAAUACCGAAUUUUUACACGAGUGACACUUGAUAGGAAUUUUUUAAAUUUAGCUUAAGAGUAUACAUAAGAGUCUGCGCUGCAUGUCAACUGUUUGUUAAGACUUAUUCGACAUGCUUAACAACGAUGAAAUUUGCAAUUACUAAAGUACCUAUACUAACGUAUGCAUACCAAAAUGGAGCAUCAUACGUUACGUUAAAAAUAAUGUACAACUUGAACGUUAUAAAAAUAAGAAUCCUUAUAAUUUUACCGAACUGUAAUAUAUUUUCUAGAUAUGUUUGUCGGCUGAAAAUAUAAACCCAGUGUAAAUAGUACGAUAUCUGUAAUUCUAAGUUGUAAAAAAAGUGUAUUAUUAACUACGAAAAGAAAAAUAACAAGAAGCAAAUUGAUCCACUA